CCAGAUCUCUCUUUUCUUCAUCUAAAUGGCUGCUUAAUCAUGGCGCAUACUCCAAUCAAAAAGGUCUGCCUCGUGGGCGCCAACGGCACCCUGGGCUCAGUCAUUCUCAAGGGCCUGAUCCAGGCAGACUGCUUCGACAUCUCCGUCCUCCAGCGCUCCAAUUCCUCCUCGUCGUCCCCCUCCUCCAUCCCACGCAUCCUCGUUCCGCCAGAGCUCCCAGUCGAGGAUGUCGCAAAAGCCCUAACUGGCCAAGACGCCGUCAUCGCGGCCUUUCCACUCGGUCAGGGCGACCAGCAUCUACGCCUCGCAGAGGCCGCGUUCCAGGCCGGCGUGCAGCGCUUCAUCCCCGCAGACUUUGGGAGCUGCGAUGCGAGCGACCCAGAGCCGCAGAAGUAUCUGCCACUCUACCGUAAGAAGACGCUCGUUCGUGAAAAGUGCGAGGCCCUCGCUGUCCAGGCUACACAGCAUGGCUCGGCUUUUUCAUGGACAACCGUCAUCUGUGGACAUUUCUUUGACCACGGACUGCGUGAUGGACUCCUCCAUAUCGACUUUGACACCCGCACGGCCCAGAUCCUGGACGGCGGCGCCACCAAGGCAUCUACUUCGACGCUGCGCCGCAUCGCCGAGGCAACUGUCCGAGUCCUGCAGAGAGCCGAGCAGACGCGCAACCGUGCGGUUUACGUGCAAAGCUUUAACCCGUCGCAGCUUGAUGUUGUGGCUGCUCUGGAAAAGGCAAUGGGAGAGCCAUGGCACAUGCAACACAUUGACUCAAAGCCAUAUCUGGAAGACGCUCAAAAAAGGCUAAAGAGUGAGGAGCCUCAGGCUGUUUUGGACGCUAUCGAGGACAUUGUCUUUGUGCUAGGAGCUUUAGACGCGGACUGGACAAAGAGAGAUGGGUUCGCGAUGGACUUGUUGGGUUUGGAGGAUGAGAAUCUGGAGGAUGUUGUUCAGGAAGUAGUGGCUGCGUACAGAGCCGAGGGGAGCAAAUGAAGUCAGCGUUGAAUGCGAUUGAGGCCAUGCAUAUAGAGAAUUUAGACAUUCCGUGUAUUAGACGAAGCCAUCGCGCAUCCCUUCACGUAUUCAGGGUAGCCGCUCGUAUGAGAAAUCCUACAGGCUUGCAGUGCUGUCCCCUUUACAGCUAGC